AUGUCUACCGAAACGGCACGCUUCACGGCCAAUCCUUCAUUGGAUGGGUCAUCUACAGUCCAACCCGCUUUACUGCUGAGAAAUCGCUUCACCCCCGAGUUCCUAUCCCUGGCGAUUAUAGAUCAGGGGAAUUACUGUAGAAAUGAAGUUCAUGUGGCAACCCCUACAAUAGAUUCGCUGGACAACGCAAGCAAUCAGAAUUUUAGCUUGGGGGGUGAUACCAACCGGCUACAUAUUCACCAUGGCCAAGUGCAACCCUCUUCGCGCGGCAUCAAACGCAAAAACUCGGCCGAUAUGCACAUUGAUCUUAGUCUUGAAACCACGCAGAGCCACGGCCUUUCCUCUCUCCGCUCUGCAAACCUAGAGCAACCACACUUUGGAUUCAACCAUUCUCCCAGCUCCGCAAGGCACUCCGAUCUCAGCAGUACAAAUUCGUCGUCAUCCCCUAUGUAUGUCCUGGACAGAGAGGAGACUCUAAAGCGAGAAAGACACCUGGAGCGGAACCGUGCGGCUGCGAGUAAGAGCCGCCAGAAGAAGAAGAGAGAAACCGACCAACUGAAGAACCGAUACCAAGAGGUAUCGAAUAGAAAGAAAGAGCUUGAAUGGGAGGUAAAAACGCUUCACAGUAAACUUUUAACCCUCAAGGAUGAGUUACUGGAGCACUCGUACUGUGGCGAUGAAGCUAUUCGGCUCUAUUUAGGGCAGAUGGCUAAACAGGCCGCCACACAGGAAGCAGAAUCUUCAGUACCGAUGCAUACACAGACAACUCCUCCUAAACCGGAACAUACGAUGCUACCCCAACCACCAGUCGCCGUAGGACGUCACAGCCCCGGUCAACCGCGCCUUCCUAAAAUCGAGGAUACGUCAGGAUUUUCAUGUGGGAAUCUUGAAAAGACCGUUAUGGAUGAUUUGUUGGCUCAACCAGCCAGGAAUGUGUUUGAUUAUCAGAUUAGCAUCCCUUAA